AAGCAAACACCAGCAAACUUAUCAGUACUUAUAUUCGUUGCUUACAAAUUAAUCCUAAACCUGAUUAUCUUUCGGAUGUAUUAAUUUUAAAAGAUGGUCAAAAUGUUUUACAAAAAUUAUUGAAAAAUCCUUCAAAUUUAACCUUCGAUUAUCCUUACUUUCUAAGAGAAUUAAGUUGCUCUAAAAUUAAUGAACUCGUUAUGAAAUGGUUAUGCUCCGUUAUUUAUGACUCUAAUUGGAAUAAAAACGAUCAAAAAGACUUUUGUGCAAAAUGGUUCUCAAAUAAUCUUAUUAGACUUUUUAUGAACAAAAGUCCAAACGUAGAAAGUCUUGUUAUUCAAUCUGAUGAUUAUCAUUAUAAUGGUGACUUUUCUUUUGAUAGAUGUACUGAUAAUGGUUAUGCAGCUCUUAGAAUAUUACAUCUUGAUUAUUGUUGCGAUGGUCAUACUUUAAGAUCUAUUUCAUCUACUUGUCACUCAAUAGAAGAAUUAUGGAUUUCUUUAACUGAACAUUCAAGAGAAACUCAUUCUUUAAAUGAGUUAAUUAAAUCUCAAAAAGGUAUAAAAGACUUUAGACUUCGUAGUGUUUAUUAUAAUGAAAAAGUCUUUGUUAUUACUCCUGAAUUACUUGAAGCUUUAUCUGCUCAAAAACGAACUCUUCAUACUGUACAAUUCUUUUGUUGUAAAUUUCAUCAAUGUCCAACUCUUAAACCACUCGCUGAAUGUACUAAACUUGAAAGAUUGGGCUUUUUUAAUUGUGAUGGUCUAACUGAAGAAAUUAUUAGACCUUUAGCAAAUGGUUCUCUAAGAAAUUUAAUCGUAUUAGCUAUGGCUGUGUAUGAUGGAUUCACUGAAAAGGCUAUAGUAGAAAUUAUUGAAUCAGCUCAUCAAAAUUUGAAAAGAAUUUCAUUACCAAUGGCAACAAAAACAAAUAAUAUUAGAAAUGUUUUCACUAGUAUAAGACCAUUUGUUAAAAAUUUAACUGGAAUUACCGUUUGUUUCUCUUCUGGUGAUAACAAAAGUUUUGAAUCAUUUUUAUUAUUAUUGGAUGUUUGUACAAAUUUAGAAUCACUUUGUAUAGAAGGUGGUGAUACUGCUGGUAAUCCAUUGGAUUUUGAUGAUAAAGAAAUGUCAACUUACUUUGAACAAUUAGCUAUCAAGAUGCCAUUAUCUAUAAAUCGUUUAGUACUUUAUAAUGUUUCAGUUUCACCACAAUUACUUCAAACUUUUCUUGAAAAAAUGAGUUCUCCUAUUAGAUUUUUAGGUUUAUAUGGAUGUUUUAUGAUUAGUGAUGCUCAUAUUAACGAAAUUGUGAAAUAUGUUGAAAGAACUGGAUAUUUGAAAAAUUUAACCGUAAAUUGGUGUUUUUUGGUCACUGACAAAGCGGUAGAAGAAGCUCUUAGAGUUAUAGGUGAAGUUCAUUUUAGUGAUGUUGAACCUUAUGAUAUGGAAUUCACUGCGUGGUUAGCAUAA